UCUAACAGUAAAAAUCAAGUGAGAGAGAGAGAGAGAGAGAGAGAGCAAUGGGUUGUGUUUCUUCGAAAUUAGGCAAGAAGAAACUCAUAAGAGAGAUUAGAGUCAACAAUGGCGGCGAUCACAUUGUCUCUCUUACUUCAACUACUUAUGGUCAUCUCGAUAUCGAAGAACGAGCAGUGACUUCUCCUCCUAAGUUGCAGGAAGUCACUAAAGGAGAAGUCUUUGAAGAAUCUGAGAUCAAACCGAGGAGAUCUGUAAAGAGAGAUGAUCCGGAGAUUAUCAACACUUGGGAACUCAUGGAAGAUCUUGAAGACUCAAUGCACGUUUCUAAUCCGAACAAGAUCAGUCCCAAAUCUCGUGGCAUUUUCGGGAAAUCGUGGAAGACUCCGGUGAAAUCAAGUAUUAGUGUUGAGUCUCCGAAGAGAGGAAGUAGUAAGAGAUUUGGGGGUAAAGAGAACAGAGGAGGGAAUAACUCGAGAGGUGUGAGUCCGAAUCAGAUUCUGAAGCCGAAGAAUAUCCUCGAAACUCCCAAGAGAGGCGUGAUGCGUUUGAGUUUCCCUUUGAAAUCUGAAGAACCGUCGACGCAGAGGAGGAAGAGUUAUAGUCCAAUGUUCGAUCCAGAUCUCGUGGCUUCUUACGAGAGAGAGUUGUCUCAGGAGAAAGAGCAGAUCAAGAUGGUGAUUUCUCCGGUGGUGCACGAGAGUAGAAGAACAGAGAAAACCAGAGAAUCGGAGAGGAUCCUCGAGAAUUUCCCGGAAAAAUGUCCACCGGGAGGAGAAAACUCGGUGGUCAUCUACAUAACAACUCUUAGAGGGAUAAGGAAGACGUUUGAGGAUUGCAAUGUGGUGAGAUCGGUAUUAGAUUCGUACGAAGUCCGGUUCUCGGAGCGGGAUGUGUCAAUGCACUCGGUUUUCAAGGAAGAGAUCAGGGGAAUCAUGGGAGCGAAACAUGUGAAGAUACCGGCUGUAUUCGUGAAAGGGAGGAUGAUAGGAAGUGUUGAGGAAGUGAUGAAGUUAGAGGAGGAGGGCAAAUUAGGGAUUUUGCUCCAAGGCAUCCCCGCGGCGAGGCUAGGUGGCGGUUGCUGCCGCGGAUGCGGAGGGAUGAGAUUUGUGAUGUGUGCGGUUUGCAAUGGCAGUUGCAAGGUUAUGGAGAAAGAGAAGAAGAAUAUGGUUAAGUGUUUGGAGUGUAAUGAGAAUGGUUUGGUUCUAUGUCCAAUUUGCUCUUAAGAAUGAUAUCUUUUUUAUCUUUGGUUCAGUUUGGUCCUAAUUGGAAGAGGUUUGACUUAAUUUUGGAGGCUGACUUUGGAUUUGAAGUGUUGAUUUUGGUUUGUAAUAAUGAUUUGGCGAGAGAGAGUUUCUAAAGACAUGUUUAGUGCUCUUUGGUGUGUGUAAUGAAAUAUGUUCCUAAUGUUUGUAAACCCCUUUUUUUUUGUAGAUUCAAUUCAAUUUGUAUAAUCACUUUAAAUAUUGCUUUGUUUAGUUAUUUC